UGAACUUUACACUGCCGUGAAUUUCUUUGGACUUGUCUUUUCCGUCCGCUCUCUGCGUGGAUUUUGAUGGAUGUCCGUGUAGACAUUUGAACCGUCAUCUGCGUACGGGGAGGGAAACGUCCAAGAGGAGCAGAGGAAUAAUUUCAUUGGAGAAGCAUGACCACACAGUCCUCAGGACGGAAGACCCCAGUGGACCAUGGAGUCCAGAUCCGCUUCAUCAAUGACCUUGCAGAAGCUCGUGCAGGACAGCCCUUGUCUCAGCCUAAAGCCAAGAGUCAGUCCAAAUAUGGAGUAGCAAUCAGGGUGCAGGGGAUCGCCGGUCAGCCGUACGUGGUCUUGAAGGAUGGACAGAAGGGGGACUCGUAUGGGGUACGGCUCAGGACUGACUUCCCGCCUGACUACCGCAGCCUCCCCCGGAGGAGAGAGAGGGCCGAGCCGGGACCGGAGGAGUUAGAUGUAGGUAGAGAUCAGGGAGGGGCACUACGCCGGGCUCAGUCUCACGGCUCGCUGCUGGACAGGGACGGAGGGGCCAACAGUGAGGAUUUCCAGCUGUCUAGACCACCUGGAGAUGGAAAGUCUGGUAGUUAUGGGAAUCUGGAUGGAAGAAUUGGAGCAAGGGGAGACAGAGAGGGGGGCUCGGAAAGUAAUAUGUGGGAUAGUUCAUAUCGCGCAGGGCUCAGUAGGUCACAGGAGUCACUCAGAGAUAAUCAGCCCUACUCUCACCCUCCUCAACAAGCAGAUGAGCUUCACUCUACUCAGAGACAGACUCCUGUCAACAGACUCGUGAACAGGUUUGACGGUGCAACACCUGCAGGCCAGCAGAGAGGAGCCCCUCCUGCGCAACAGUAUCACCGAGCUACAUCUCCUCACCCCAGCCCCAACCCCUACGCCUCAUCUCCAUCCUCAACCCACAGCAGCUUAGGACGCAGCCAAGGCCCCAACAGCAAAGUUUCCGGCCACCCGGCCGGUCAGUGGACUCCAGCGGGGCCGCAGCAGGUGGACCUGGCCGACACACAGGUGACCCCUGACCUUUUGCUGGACCAGGUUCAGAGUGCUGAGAUGAGUGGUGAAGAAGAGCAGGCCAUGAAGACUGUGUACAACAUCCUCAGACAAGGGUCUAGUGACAGUGAUGUUGUCAUCAGGCACAAAGUCAAGACCAUUUUUCAGAACAUUCAGAGCCUAAAGCAGUCUAAAGAAACCCCCCGGGAAGAGUGGAGGAGAGAAAAAAGGGAUCUUGAGAUAAAGGUGGCAGAACUAGAAGCUGCCCUGCAGAAAGAAAGGAGGGACUCUGUUGGCAAUUCUAAUCCUGCUCUGAAAGCCGAGCUAGAGUCGUGUCUGGAUGACAAUCUGGAACUCCAGGACAUGCUGGACCGGAAGAAGAAGGAAUUAAAUGAGACGCAGUCAGAGCUGACUCAGCUGCGCAUGGACCGGGAGAAUGCAGAGACACGUGUGAGAGGGAUGGAGGACCAGCUGGCGGAGCUUCAAGAUGAACUCAGAAGAGAGAAUGGAAGCAAGACGGACCUGAUGUCUUGUCAAGCAGACCUGAUGGAGGUUUGCCAGCUGAAACAGAAGCUGGAGGACACUUUAAGACAAAGAGAGAGGGAGCUCACAGCUUUGAAAGGUGCUCUGAAGGAAGAGGUGGCAACACAUGACAAAGAGAUCGAAGUGCUCCGAGAGCAGUACAGUGUUGACAUGGAGAAGCUCCGCAGCAGCAUGGAGCAGGUGUCUCAGUCUCACGCCGGGAUCGAGGCGGAGCGACUGCGCGUGAACGCAUCGGUGCGCACCUUGCAGCAGCAGCUGGAGGACUGCAGAGACGAGAGCAACCACUGGAUGGAGCAGUUUCAUUCCACCAGGGAUGAGCUUCGGAGCAACAAACAAGAAGAGCCACCCAGCAACCCUGAAACACAGCUCCUGCAAAACCGCCUGGAGAAAGAGGAAUUUGAGGAUGAACUAAAGGAGCUUAAGGAGAAAGUGACGACAAUGAAACAACAGACGCCAGAUCCCAAACACACAGAGUCUCUCAACCAGGAGCUCCAGCAUUGCAAUGCCGAACUGCAGAAAACCAAGUCUGAGCUGGAGAAGCAGAGGACGGAGUUUGAUAAGAAGGUCAUGGAAAUGAUCUCUAUAAAAAAAGCUCACCAGAACCAGGAGGCUGAACUGAAGUAUGAAAUCGACCGGCUAAAAGACCAGUUACAGAAGGCCAAAGAUGACUAUGCGAAAGCAAAAGAGAAAAAUAAAAACCUCCCAGAUCCAGCAACCAUUUCAGAGUUGGAACAGAAACUUGGUGAAGCACAAAGAGAAGCGAGCCAGCUCAACGAGAAACUCUCUCAAGCUGAAGAUGAACUGGAAACCACUAAAACACGCCUGAGCGGCGCUCAGAUUGAGGUUAACUCUCUCCAAGACUCCCAGCGCGAUCAGGAGGCUGCCAACACUCGUCUCAAAGAGAAGACUGUAAGAUUAGAGGCUCAGUUGCAGAGCAACGCAACAGAAAGCUCAGAGACGGAGGUUUCCCUCCAAAAUGAGGUGAGAGGCCUGAGAUCUGAACUGGAUGAAGCCAAGAGAAAAGCUUCCAGGUCGAGUCAGGAGCACCACGAUAUCAGUCUGCGUCUGGAGGACUCGGAGAGGGACAAGGAGAUGCUGAAACAGACAAUCAGUCAGCUAGAAGAGACCAAACACCAGCAGGAGAAAGCUGUGGAGAAACUCAACAAAGACUACGAGUCCCUGAACAUGUCCUUAAGAGGGGAGACACAGGCCCUCAGUGUCCAGCUGGAGGAGCAGAGGGAGCGAGCUCGCAAGGAAAUGCAGGAUGCGCAGCGUCAUGGAAAAGAUGCUCAGUCUGAGCUGGAAAAAAACCAGCUGAAUCUGAAAAGAAUGGAGGAGGAAAUGGCAAAACAGAAGAGGGAGCUUCAGCUUGCAUGCGAGGAGAGAGACAACCACCAGCUUGACAAAGAGCUUCUCACCAAUAGAUUGCGUCACCUCGAGGGAGAAGUGGAGGCCGGUAAAAACAGCCACAAUGAGAAGGCCCGUGAGGUUCGCAUCCUAGAGGACAAACUGAAGCAUAUGGUGUUGGAAGUGGAGGAAGAGAAGAGUACUGGGGAGAUGCUGACUGAACGGGUGGCCAGGAGCAGAGACCAGAUCGAUCAGCUCCGCUCUGAGCUCAUGCAGGAGAGAUCGUCAAAGCAGGACCUGGAGCUGGAUAAGAAUGCGAUGGAGAGACAUCUGAAGGAGCUGAGGGGCCGCGUGGCUGACAUGGAGGGCCAGUCUCGAUCCUCGGCUGGAGUGUCCCAGCUGGAAAACAAAAUCCAGGAGCAGGAAGAACGCUUGCUUAUGGAGGAAAGGGAGAAGAACUCUAUGAUAGCAUCACAACGUCGUUUGGAGAGGAAACUGAAAGAACUCAACAUGAUGCUGGACGAGGAGAGACAGGCACACACUGAACAGAAGGAUCAGCUUGCUCUGAGAGUGAAGGCUCUGAAGAGGCAGAUGGAUGAGGGUGAGACCGAGCUGGAAAGAUUAGAUACACUGAGGAGGAAAGCGCAAAGAGACAUGGAGGAACAGAUGGAGCUGAAAGAGGCCUUGCAGGCCAGAGUCACAGCUCUGGAAACUGAGCUCAAGAGGAAAACAACUAUGCGUCCAGCUUUGGAUUCAUCAGCCCUGAGCUCGGAUGAUGACGACAGCGUGUACGAGUCGUCCACCAUCACCUCCAUCCUCACCGAGAGCAACCUGCAGACCAGCUCCUGUUAAAACAGCAGCUCAAGAGCAGGUGGAAAGUGAGAAAUUGUCCCACUGCCAUGCAAAGGAUGGAGGAAAGUGUAUUUCAACUGGGAGAAAAAGCCAGAAGUCAGAAUAGUAUGCACUACAGACAUUGAGGUCAGAAGGACUUGGGAGAUAAAAUAUAUGUACUAAAGAGAUGAAAUGGAAGGAAGCACCGCAUCCUGAGACUUUAAAGGAAUUUCCUCUGGUGUAAUGCGCACACCGAGUACACUACCGCAAUAAGGUACUACACAAGGUACUCCAACAUACAAAUCUCCCAAGAGCACAGCCAGUAACUGAUUUACUUGGGAGGAAAAAUUGAGCUGGAAACUGGGGGGACGGGACAACCAACUCUUCUUUACCUCUUGUAUUAUUUUAUUCUAUUUUUUUUCAUUUGGUACAAAUGUAAUAUUUCAUGGUUGAUACUCCUGCCUUAUUUUUGCAACAUAGUCCAGCUUGACUCGUCUCUGCUACCAGGUAUUGUUCGUUGUUGUUUUUCCCUGUAGAUUGAAUCACCUCAAGUUUUGCGAUUUAUUUCCCGAUUGUUAUCGCUGCAAUGGGGGGAAAAACCUGCCGUGACCCAUACUGUAGAAGCAGAACUCAGAUUUCUGUUUUCCUACAUCUUCGAAGAACAAAGUAGCCGUUGAACUUGGGAGCUUGAAACCGAUCUGAAUACAGAAAUGUUGGUUAGGGUACGCUUAUAUACAUGUCUUCACUGCAGAGAAGUUGCAUACUGUUUUCUCUGGCAUAAUAAUCAACUGCUGUGCUUCAACAUUACUUUGGUGCUGCUGAUUAGAGUCAUUUUAUGAUGUAUUUUAAAAUGUUGACACAAUUUCCUGAAGUCUUAAUGAAACCUCUGAGUUUUAGUCAGUCGAGAGAUGCAGCAGAACAGCUUCUCUUUCCACCGUGUCUUUUCAGCUCUGUUCACAGCAGCCAGUUGAAGGGGGUGGAGUCAAACAUGGAUUCAACUCCACCCACUUUUUUACAAGAUGUGCCUUAUUUUAUAUUGGCAUCACAGUUUUAUCAACUACCAAGUUACAGCAAAUGCUGCAACAUGUGAAAUAUGGUAAAAAAUAAUCUGGGAAAUCUGGAUGAGUCUGCACUGAUCUCGGUCUGUGAUGUCACGUUACUCUGUAAAUCCAAACUGCUUACUGAAUGACAUUUUUUUCAGACUUGAGCAAUCACAGUCAAAGUAAUAUGUUUGUGUUAAGUUGGACAUUUUGAGGUCGUAGCCACCUCAAACACCCAAACGUGCUGUGAAUCCCCCCAAAAAACCAGACCAUCUUUCCCAUAAUAUGUCCCCUUUAAGUUCUUAAAGUGUUCCCACUGUCACAUGGCUGAGUUCUGUAUCCACAGUGCACAUAAAACGGCUGACAACUUAAUGGCAUAAUGGACUGCUUUCAAGGAUAGCUUCAAGAGACUGAGAAAUGCACACAAUUUCACACUUAGUUUUAACUUCAUGUAGUCAAAUCUAAUACGUCCAGUAUUAUAGGGUUCAGUAUCCUACUUGAUACAUGAAUUUGAGUCCUCUCCAUCUCCCAAUAAUAAAAAAAAUUACACAAGAAAAAAAAAUAUAAAAAGAUUAAAAUAUGAAACAAAUAAAAUUGCCCAUUGAAUCAUACGUGAUACAAAAAUUAUUAUUUAGAAACUUGAGGUGUUUUUAAUUUCAAUAUAUAAUAAACACUUCCUUGCAUUGCCUGUAUUAUUUCAUAUUUCUGGCCUAAGAAGUACAGAAUGUUCUCUGUCCAUGAAGUAUAGACUUUUUUAACUUUUAUUUUACUUCAAAUGAUGAAAUGUGAAUUGUAUAUGACAUAGUUUGGGACAAGAGUAUCCCACUGUCCAGUCAUAAAUGUCACAUAACAGAUUAAAGUGCUGAAUGAUAUCAAAAUAUAAC